GAGGCAGCAUCGGCGGUGCGGUGCUGUGCUAUGGACCCCAGGGACAAUGUCGAGACAGGGGAGACGGAAAACAUCCAGGAGCUGCUCUACAUGCCGAUUCCAGAGGAAACACCGACCAAGAACGAGCAGGAGAAGCUGUCAGGGGUCGUCAAAAACGUCCACAGAAAACUGCGCAGGAAAUAUAGAGAGGUGGGCGACUUUGACAAGAUCUGGCGCGAGCAUUGCGAGGAUGAGCAGACACUGAGUGAGUACGCCCUCGCCAUGAAGAAUCUUGCUGACAACCAUUGGGCCAUAAACUGCGAGGGAGAGGGUCGCAUCGAAUGGUGUCGCAGUGUCUGUCAAGAAUAUUUCUUAGAUGGCGGGAUGAAACGAAUGUUAGAGAAGGAUGAGAAAAGUGCCACGCUCGCCAUGGGUCUGACUGCAGCGUCUGUAAGUGCCCAACCGUACAGCACCAUCCCCAGUUCUAUCUCUCAGCUGGGGAAAAUGCGCCUUCUUGAUGUGGGAAGCUGCUUCAACCCUUUCUUGAAGUUUGAUGAAUUCCUUACAGUUGGUAUUGACAUAGUGCCUGCAGUUGAGAGUGUGUACAAGUGCGACUUCCUCAACCUUCAGCUCCAGCAGCCUCUCCAGCUGGCAGGCGACGCAGUCGAGGCCUUCCUGCGCCAGCUCCACAACCCCAUUGACACUCUGCCUGCCCAGCUUUUCCACGUGGUGGUCUUCUCCCUGCUCCUCUCCUACUUCCCCUCACCAUACCAGCGCUGGAUCUGCUGCAAGAAGGCCCACGAGCUGCUGGAGCUGCAUGGCCUGCUACUCAUCAUCACACCUGAUUCAUCCCACCAAAACCGCCACGCCCUCAUGAUGCGCAGCUGGCGUGUAGCGGUGGAGUCACUGGGCUUCAAGCGCUAUAAAUAUGUCAAGUAUUCCCACAUGCAUCUCAUCGCCUUCCGUAAGGUGUCUCUUGCAACCACCAGCGACCUGGUGUCACGCAACUACCCCGAGAUGCUCUACAUCCCUCAGGACUUCCACUCCAAUGAGGAGGAAGACUGUGCCGACGUGCCCGUGCAGGUGCGCUCCGACUUUGAGGAUGACCAGCUGGCUUGGGGCUUCAUGGAGCUACCUGACACACCCUACGAUUCAGAUUCUGGGGAGAGCCAGUGCAGCUCUCUGCCUGGCUUCCAUGAGCUAGAGGACCCCAUCCUGCUUCAGAGUUAGGCUAAACCAGCCACCCCCCCUCCCCUCUUUUCUCUAUGUAACUGUCAUCUCCCCUUCAACUGCUGCGCUGCCAAAUUUAACCUGCUGCAUUCUUUUCCCACUUCUCCUCCCUCUCCUCCAAAACAAUGCAGUUUGCACAGUGUGAAAGAGAGAAGUUUACAGAUUAUUUUUCUCAUAUCCACACUCCUCUGAGAGUACACACGCAUACAUGCACACAUAUACACAUAUACACACACACACUAAGAUGGAUAUAUUUUGAUAAAUAGCUAGAUUUUUUAAGAGUUGGAAAGUUGAAUGCCCUUAAGAUAUCUAAAGUCCCUGCUCCUUGAUUUCCAUCCCAUCUUACAAUCAGCUCUCAAUAACAACAGUCAGCUUGUCUACAUCUGUACUAAGUCUCUAUUUGAAUAAGCUAGUGUGGCAGGCUGCUUAGUACAAAAAAGCCAAAUACAGCAACCCGAGCAGUCUGACAUGAGUUUGAUUAAACUGGAGAGACUUGAGAUGGAAACGACUGGACUUGGUACGCUUGCUUCUGUCACAGUCAUGCAGCUAGACUUUCUGAAAAUUCUUGAUGUGCAUUUAGUUUUCCAAGACAAAAAAAGUUGAAAUAUAUAUUCUCAACAGUCAAAACAUUGGUGUUGUCCAGUGUUAAGUGUGGCAAUGCCAUUUUAACUUGGCAUCCUCUGAAUGAUUUGUGUAUCUUUUACAAGAAAGUGGUAUUUGUAGCAUUUUAAACAUUUUCAGAACCAUAUGGUAGGAGUAUUAUUAGGUUUACUAAUGUGAAACUGUAACUGUGUUUACUCAUUGUGUAACAAGGUACGAGUGUCUCAAAGUAGGUAUUACACUUUUUUUCCUCUUUGUUGUCCUCACAAAUAUUAAUACUGAAUUAUCUCCUGUUAGAUUUCCAAUACAUGUUUUUGUUCUCAAGCAAAGAAAUAGUACAACCGUCAAGUCAGUAUCCCAUAUCAGAUGGGUUUAACAGCACCAGUAUCCUUUGACACAAUUUUGUAACUUUGAUGUGAAAAGUAAGUACUCUGCCUCCUAAAAGGAUCCAGAUCUGAGUUCAGAAAAUUCGCCUUAACAGAAGAUUUGCACUAGUUUACUGUUUUGUCAUAUGGAACCUCUGAAAAGGUGAGAAACUGUAGAUUUUUAGCAAUAUAGCAAGUGAGAUCUGAUCUGAAAAUACUGAAUCCAGCAGGGGGGAGAUUUUAACUAAAGACACUACCAGAUGAUGUGUUAGUGUGUGUUCCUGCCUGUUUCCAAACAGGCCAAAUGUGUGGGUGCGGUUGGGUUUGUCAGUGUGAAUGAAGGAAUUAAUUUAUGUUGAUGUGUUUCUUGUCGGUGGCACUUUAUCAUUGAUCCCAAAGGGUGUCACAGAUGUAAUUAUUUUCUUAAGAUGACAGUUUAACGACCAGUAUGAUGGGCCCAUAAGAUGAUACCAAUAAGUCUAAGGUGCCUUCUUUGUUCACAAUUAUGUUGCAAGCAGAAGUUCAUGCCCCUGGUGAAAAUGAAACUCAUAUCCGUUUGCAAAAAAAAGAUGUCAAGCUUCUUUGGCCAAACCAUACACACAGCGGUCCAGUUCUUCUUUGUCUUAUUAAUGGUUAACAAAAAACAUUUCCUGUGUUGACGUAUCAGUGUGUUGUUGCCAUUUUCUCAUAUCAUUUGCCAGUUAAUGCACAUCUCUCUGCUGAUAUCUCUUCUGUUUUUACUGGAAAAAAGGAAAAAAAGAAAAGAAAAAAAAAUCAUGUGAUCACACAUUCAGAUCUUAAAGAAGCGUGUUUUGUGAUAUAUUUGGUGCAUUUGUCUUCCAAUGUUUCUUUUAGCCCAUUUUGCAUGAGACAGUUCAUCUUCAUUAUCAACAUUUUCAACAAUGCAGAACAAUGUGUGCUUAUAGUAUGGUUGUGUUUCUCUUUUAUAAAUGAAUGUAAA